AUGGUUUAUCCACCACCGGCCGACACGGUGCCCAAGACGCCCAGUCAGCCAAAGGAGAUCUCUGGUUUCGGUCUCUACAGCAGAUUCGCCUUUGCUGGUGCCAUCUGCUGUUCCGUCACUCACGGCUCUAUGACUCCUGUCGAUGUCGUCAAGACGAGAAUCCAGCUCGACCCGGCCACAUACAACAAUGGGAUGAUUGGCGGUUUCCGAAAAGUCAUCCAGAACGAGGGUGCUGGUGCUCUGUGGACCGGCGCUGGGCCGACCUUCGCAGGGUACUUCUUGCAGGGCGCGUUCAAGUUUGGAGGCUACGAACUCUUCAAGCAACAGGCCAUCAACAUUCUUGGAUACGACUCAGCCCGCAACAACCGAACUGCUGUCUACCUGGCCUCCUCUGCCCUCGCCGAGUUCUUCGCUGAUAUUGCCCUCUGCCCUCUCGAGGCCACCCGUAUCCGAUUGGUUUCCCAGCCUACCUUCGCCACCGGUCUCGUCGGUGGUUUCAGCAAGAUCCUCAAGACUGAGGGCGUUGGUGCUUUCUACAGCGGAUUUGGCCCCAUCUUGUUCAAGCAGGUUCCUUACACCAUGGCCAAGUUCGUCGUCUACGAAAAGGUGGCCGAGACUAUCUGGAGCAAAUUCAUUGACAAGAACACCGCUUCGGACGGCUUGAAGACUACUGUUAACUUGGGCUCGGGUUUGAUCGCCGGUUUCUCCGCUGCCAUCGUUUCUCAACCUGCCGACACCAUGCUUUCCAAGAUCAACAAGACCAAGGGUCUCCCCGGUGAAAGCACCACCUCUCGUCUGAUCAAGAUUGCCAAGGAGCUCGGCUUCCGUGGCAGCUUCGCCGGUAUUGGUACUCGUCUCUUCAUGGUCGGUACUAUCACUGCUGGUCAAUUCGCCAUUUAUGGUGACAUCAAGAGAGUUCUUGGUGCCACCGCUGGUGUCGACAUCGGCAAAUAG